AUAUAUGAAUAAUAUAGCUCUUAUCUUCCUUGCUCAUUCAAAGUCGUUACAUAAAACCGGAUCAGUACGUUUCUGUUCUUCGCUUGCAACGGUUGUGCGAUUAUCAGUAUGUUUAAGCUUGAACAUUUUAUUGUGUACUUAUUUAUUGCCUGGAAUCUGGGGGGAUCCCGAGCGGAAUCCACAGAGAGUACUCGAUCUAUGUGCCUUCUGCAAGAUCCGCCAAAUCAGUGCGGGGAAUUCUGCCUUUUGGUCCUCCAACCGCUUUUGGAUCACAUCGUCAAGCACCAGGAGCUAUGGAACACCUCCGAAGCCCUCAGGCUAAACGACACCCAGGCAAAAUUGGACAGGAUACAAGCCCAGCUGGCGGCACAAACUCUUUCCUUGGAGGAUUCCACGCAGAAAGUCCCACGGGACAUCAAGGAGAGAAUGGACCGAAUGGAAAAUCUGCAGACGACAUUACAGGAAUCUCUAAAGAAAAUGCCAGUUGAACUCGACGAGAGAUUAGCCAGAAUGGAAGGUCAGCAAAAGUCAAUCGUCGCCCAGUUGGAAAAUCACCAAAAAUCAUUUGGCGACCAGUUGGAAAAUCAGCAAAAGUCAAUCGGCGACCAGUUGGAAAAUCAUAUCAAUCUCACAAAGGGUCAUCAAGCUGAAAUGGAAACCUUGAAGAAUGCAGUACCGAUCAACUUCGAAAUGAGGUUGACUCAGAUAGAAGCACAGCAGAAGAUCUUUCAGGAAACCUUAAAGAAUAUCCCAGAGGACUUUCAGCAGAGAUUGGCAAGGAUGCAGCAGCGUCAGGAGAAAGAGCUCACCAAAAUGGAGACCGCCAUCCAAGACACUCUCUCGAGAAUCCCAGAGGACUUUAAGCAGAGAUUGGCGGCGAUGGAGCAGCAUCAGAAGGACGAGCUGACCAAGAUGGAGACUAAACAGACCGCCAUCCAAGACACUCUCUCGAAAAUUUAUACAAAGGUCUUCUGGCCGCAGUUCGAGCGAAUCGGCUCUAGACUUUUCUACAUCAAUCGCAAGGAUGCAUACGAUUGGAAUUCCGCCGUACAAUACUGCCGCGACAUGGGUGGCUAUAUAGCCACCAUCAAAGAUCAAAUGGAGCUGGACGCCAUUUCGGCGAGACUGGGUGACAAGAGCUUCUGGCUGGGCAUAAACGAUAGGGCCAGCAUUCACAACUACGUAUCCAUGGCAUCCGGCAAGAAAAUUGUAUUUUUAAAGUGGAACAAGGGGGAACCCAACCACGCAAAUUCCGAUGAGCGCUGCGUCGAGCUGGUUCGCAACAAAAUGAACGAUGAUCCGUGCUCCAAAAAGAAGAAUGUUAUUUGUCAAUCUGAUAAUGAAGUGUAGGUGGAAGCACCGUUUGCGUAUGCUGUUG